AUGUGGAAGUUUUCGGACCUGGAACUACGAUUCACACCCCAGCGUUUGAUAGCGGAGGCGGUGAAAAUCACCAAGAAUCACAGCGUGAACAGAAUCGAGGGCCAGUUAACGAGCCUAUGGAAAGCGGUCUUAGAUAAGCCGAGGGUUGGAAAUCCCAACCCGACCAUAGUUCAUUUGAAUCAACCUUACACAACUAUCAUAGCUUAUCCACACAGACGGAUGGGAAGUCCAAACGACGAUAAAGAGGAAUCAUCACCUGUCAAUCAGACAUUCGGUCGUGAACUUGAAACAGCCAAACACUUACGAACACGCAAUGAGCGACGUUUCGAUAGGCCUACCAACAAACAGAUCGUUUCCGAUUGUGUGCAGAUUACCUCAGCAUUUAGGACUGAUGAGCCCGUUUGUCUUGCAUCGUAUUUGCAUGCAACACCUGCGCGCCACAUUGAGGCGACUUCCUCAGGCAUCUCGAAACUGAUCUUCAAGCCCCGACGCACACUCAAUAUGGCCGCCAUCAAUGUCCACACUCUGAAGCAAGCAAGUCAAAAAGCAGCUCUUACAACCAUAUUAGAUUUGCUUACUGUUGAUGUCUCUUUGAGCUUCGCAUCGGCUCCAGAUGUCUCUUCCAGCAACGUCCGCGAAAAACCUCAAAAUCCGGAAGGUAUUCUUUAUCUAUCUAUUUUGUCUAUUAACGUGCAGAUCGACUGUAGCCCUGAUACCAUGCGACCUUUAGGACCCCUUGAGAACCCUGUUACGAGAGCUGAGUUGAAUUGGACCCGAAGCAAACGUACAGUGGCGAGCGAGUUCUUCAGCUAUGUGCUGACUGCAGGUUGUCUAUAUGCAGCAACAACUUCCGAAAUAGCCCAAUUCUACUGUUCACACGGUGUGAACCAACAGCGUCUCAGCCGCGGAACUAAAUUGAUUUUGUCACCAUCAAUAACUUAG